AUGCUGUGGUUCUGGAUGUUCUGUUGGUUCUUCACGAUUGCCGAAUGCGUAGCUAAGCUGCUCCCUGAAACAUUCACCUCUACUCCCACGCCCUCCACGCUCUCGGCAACUCGGAUUUUCGUGAAAUUGGUGCGAGCGAUGUUUGUGCAUAUUGUUCUGGUUGUCGGAAUGAGUGUCGGAAUUGCCGACGUGUACUGGCCAAUGAUGUGCUACAACUUCAUCUUGACCGUCACCGACACACACACGCGCCAUAUGUUUCGGAUGGAGACUGUCAGCGGCCAGGCCAGAGCACUGCGGUACAGUCGUCGAAGCAAACAACCGAGUCCGCUUUCGACUAUAAAACCUCAUCGAUCUCCUUCAUUGAAGCAGUUCCGCAAGGUGUUCGCUCAAAACCUCGUACUUGUGCUCUCUGGUCUGUCUGCUGGAGCGUUCGUGCACAUUGCCAGCUCCAUCGAAAUGCAAGAGCAGUGGGAACUGGUGCUCUUUGCCCUGUGCAGUCAGACGAUCAAGCUGCUGAUUCAAGCAGCUGCCAAGUUGUAUCUGGGGAGGCGAAAAAGGACCCCUUCAUUACGUACAAUGGCCAUCAUCGUGGCAGCUCCAACGAUUCUGGUUGACACACAGCUACGCACGGUGUUGCUGUGUCUAGACAGUAAGGCCAUGACAUUGGCGGGAUCUUAUCCGCUUCCUCGAGUUGGUGUACAUCCUCAAGAUGGGGUCGUGAAAAUACUCCGAGGCCAAUCGUUGCUGUCAACAACUGCGUCUUUGUUGUCGCCGGAGCUUGAGGGGGUCGCUCGUGUUCAAAAGUUAACGGCCUUGCACGCUGCAGAGGUAUACGCUGGCAUGCAUGGCGAAUUUUCGUUCGGCGGGAAUGCUUCCAGCAGUUCUACUCACGAGAUAUAA